AUGGAUUUACCAGCACUCCUGCAGCGGAUGUAUACAUUAGGGGAAGAGCCCCCUGCACUGAAGAGCAUUUCUUAUCACACUGAUGACUGGAAGCUAUUUACUGCACUAAGUUUCCAGCUUAACAUCAAGAAGAAGUUUGAGCUCUGGAGUCUCGUUGGUCCACAACCGGUGAGGUUUUCACUGUUGGAGUUUGAACACCUCACUGGUCUGAACUGCGAUUACAUCGAGGACCUGGAAAAUCUAAGUGUUGAGGCUACGAAGGAGAUGGCUACUUUUUGGGAGAUGAUGGGUGUUGAUGUCGAUGCUGGGCCAACUAUUGAGCAUAUAAAAGCAGCAUUUGGGAGAUGCGAGGAGUGGUCUCGGGAAGAUCGCAUGCGGCUCGGUUACCUUGCCAUCUUCACUGGAUUCAUUGAAGGAAGAAAGUACUCAACCGCUACACGGGCUAGUCUUGCAAGGCUAGUGAUGGAUUUAGAAAGAUUUGAGAAUUAUCCUUGGGGGAGAGUGGCGUUUAAGGUGCUGAUGGAGUCUGUGAAGGGUGCAAAUUUGGAUUCAAAUUCAUACACUAUUGAUGGGUUUGUUCAAGUUCUCCAGACUAGCGUGAUCAACUUCGUCAACAAGGACUAUGCUGAGAUGUUUCCACGAUGGGACUUUGAUGUGGAGGAUCCGGCCACGAAGAACAUAAUUAAAGUCAUGUUUAAUGCGAAAGCUAAUUGGAAGUGGACCAAGGAUUGCUGGGAAGUCACCGGUACUAACCCGAUAGUGAAGAAGGAAGUGAGUGCAGCGGAGACAGAGAGUGGUGUGAAGGAAAAAAGUGCAAGACCUCGGAAGAAAGCUCGUAAAGAGUCUUCUGUUGAGGCUACGCUUUGUAACAAGAACUCGAAGACUAUAAGGGAGAAGAUGGCGUUGGAUGUAUUUAAGGAGACUCCUGAAGGCCAUGCAAAAGAGAACGAAGACAAUGAUGAGAACCUUGCAAGUUAUGACCAGCAAGGUUAA